GUGUUCGGCGAGUGCGUGGCAGGGGGGGUGGAGUCGAUUCUGCUGAGCUUUCUCGCGCGCUUGCAGCUGCGGCAAGUACCGGCAGCGACUGCUAGUGCAAGUCAGCUUGCGUGGGAACGAGCUUUGUGGCUGAAAACGUCUGGUUUGUUGUUACAAAGACUCUAUUGACGUUUGUAGCUUCCGCCGCGGCUGCGUCUUAGGAUAGAGAUAAUUGCUUUCUACAGAGGCUACGGGCAUCCUUCCCUAAGACUGUGUAGGCUUUAAGCACCUUGCAAGAGACAUGCCUCGGGGAAGGAAGAGUCGGCGCCGCCGUAAUGCAAGGGCCGCAGAAGAGAACCGCAACAAUCGCAAGAUCCAGGCCUCAGAGGCCUCUGAGACCCCAAUGGCUGCUUCUGUGGUCCCGAGCACCCCAGAAGACGACCUCAGCGGCCCGGAGGAAGACCCAAGCACUCCAGAGGAAGCCUCCACCACUCCCGAGGAAGCCUCUAGCAGUGCCCUAGCGCAAAAGCCUUCGGUAGCCCGGAGCAAUUUUCAGGGCACUAAGAAAAGUCUCCUGAUGUCCAUAUUAGCCCUCAUCUUCAUCAUGGGCAACAGCGCAAAAGAGGCUCUGGUGUGGAAAGUGCUGGGGAAGUUAGGAAUGCAGCCUGGGCGGCAGCAUAGCAUCUUUGGAGAUCCGAAGAAGGUCGUUACAGAAGAGUUUGUGCGCAGAGGGUACCUGAUUUAUAAGCCAGUACCCCGCAGCAGUCCGGUGGAGUACGAGUUCUUCUGGGGCCCUCGAGCACACGUGGAGUCCAGCAAGCUGAAAGUCAUGCAUUUUGUGGCAAGGGUUCGUAACCGAUGCUCCAAGGACUGGCCAUGUAAUUAUGAUUGGGAUUCGGACGACGAUGCAGAGGUUGAGGCUAUACUUAAUUCAGGUGCUAGAGGUUACUCUGCCCCCUAGGAAAAUCUGAGGUAGACCCUAGGGAAUGGAAAAGAGAGUUCAAGAUACCCCAGGAGUAAGUGGCCUGGGUCCGGAGUUGAAAUGACGUGAAUGGGGGAGGGCACUGUAUUUGGUAUUUGUGAUCAGUGCUAAUUGUUUAACUUCGAAAUAGAGUGUUUGCUUUGGAUAUUGUAAACUUGUAUUCAUUUUAUAAUACUGUUAAUUAAGGAUCACAAUAUGUUUAAAUAUAUAAUUGAACAGUUUUUUUUCUGUUUUUUUUUUUUCCUGUCGAUAAGAUUUAGUAUAACAGUCUUGCUAACGUUAAUGAAAUGAAGUCGUUCCAUCAUAUUCUGUGAUGUGGUACAGAAUUUAUAUCAUUGAAAUGGGCUAUUCUUUGAAAGUUUGAAAUAACCAGUAAAAUGGGAGGAGGUGAGGGAAUUGUUCAUAUCUGACCAUUCUGAAACGCUUUGUGUCUGUUGUCUUGUAAAGAAAACUGACAUUUUCCCUGAUUUUGCUUAGUUACUGCAGAAUAUAGAGAAAAAUAAAAGCAUAAUAACUAGCA